AGCAUGGCUUAUUCGAGCAACUGUGUAUUCACACUGUUCUGCUGCAGAAAUCAAAUGGUGCUUUCUGUGGCCAGUUUUGCUUUACUAACCAUCAAUAUAUUAAUAAACAUAGAAUGUUUUAAUAUCUGUGUUCUACAACAAUGAAGCUUCUCUGGUUAGUGCUUAGUUUAAAGAAUCUUAAUCUUUUGGGGCCUGAGUAGACUGAGGGUCAACCUUCUGUCAUCCACGUGUGCUCAAGUAUGUGUUGUCCUUACACAACUCAACAUUAAGCAGAAAUAAUCCCUAUAUUAUUAUGAAAUUAAGCUACAUAUCAUCCAUAUAGGUACAUAUAUCAUACAAAUGGAAUUUAGGCUAUGCUAAUAGCCAGAGAUAUUAAUCAUUUUUACUUCUGGCUAUAGGGUCACUGCUGACACACAUAUACAAAUGUGACCACAUGUGCACGCAGACAAGCAAUGCAGGGAAAAGACUAAGUAACUGUCUCACCUGAUUGAAAAUCAAAUGAUGACCAGGCUUCAAUUGUAAUAUUUGUGCUAAUUGCUUGGAUUCUGUUCUUUUAGAAACUAUGCUUGAGUUGUACCUAACUCAGGUUACCUAACCACAUCCUACCACCACAUCCUGCUGGGCUAAAUUCCCAAAAAGUAACAAGAGUCACAGGUUGUACCUAACCACAUCCUACCACCACAUCCGGCUAGGCCUAAGUCCCAAAAGUAACGUCACUACCUGACAGAUUAAGUUUUGCUUUCCUCUCAUAGAGUUCCUCUCAUUCAAUUUUAUGAGGCAAAAGCAAAACCUAAUCUGUCAGGUAGUGAGGUCCACCCAGUAUGGAGAUCAAAGGUCCCAUUGUUCUGCUCAUGUUUAUAAAGGGAGCUGCCAUAUUUCUCUCAGCACAGAGUUGGAAGCAACUCCAGAGCCUCCUUCAAGAUGCUGCUGGUCCUGCUCUCAGUGGUCCUGCUGGCUCUGAGCUCAGCUCAGAGCACAGAUAAUGAUGUGAUCCAUGAAGACUUGCCUUCCACCACACCAGAUGUAGAGGACUCAAGUCAGGGCCCAGAUCAGGGACCCCAGACACCUCCUCCUGAAGGACUCCUACCUAGACCCCCUGGUGACGGCGGAAACCAAGAUCAUGGUCCUCAGCAGAGACCACCCCGACCAGGAGGCCAUUGGUUCCAUCACCACCAUCCUCCCCCACUUCCUUUUCAAAAUCAUCGAGGACGCCGUCACCACUUUCUACGCCUACCUCCUCUUGAAGUGCCACAGGAAGUACCAUCAUUAUUCCCAAGGGACAGACCAAGAAGCCGUCCCCAGGACCAGCCAUUCUGGUAA